CUGAUUAGACCAGAGCAAGCCUGCAUUAUACUGCCCUGAUGAAAUAACCAAACGAUUUUAAACUGAUUUAUUUAAUAAUUUGUGUUCAGAUUGGUAACCGCUGCUUUGCGCUUUAUUGUGAAAUCUCUAAUCGGAAUUUUGGACAGCCAGCCUUCUCUUCCUGUCUUCAGCGACAUGCUUUGGUAGUUUUGACAGUUAGCAUGGUAGCAGGGAGUUGCUAGCUAACAGAAAACUCCUCAAAUAACAUGUCCGUUAAACAGUCAGCAAAAAGUUGAAAGUACGGAGUGUUUGUUUGAGUUUUAACUUCUGAACUUGUCACUGUUCGAGGAUGUUUUCGUCUGUCUGGAAUUUUAUUAAACGCCACAAAAGAAAAUUUAUCUUCACCGGAGCUGUAGUUGGAGGAGUGUACUUCCUGGGUAAAUAUGCCCAGAAGAAGAUCAGGGACAUUCAGGAGAAGGAGGCGACCGAGUACAUUGCUCAGGCCAGGCGACAGUUCCACUUCGAAAGCAACCAGAGGACCUGCAACAUGACUGUGCUGUCCAUGCUGCCUCCGCUGAAAGAAGCCAUCAUCAAUCAGCUGAAUUCAGAAAGUCUAACUGCACUACUUAAGACCAAACCAGCCAAUAAGCUCGAAAUCUGGGAAGAUUUAAAGAUCAUCAGUUUCACCCGCACCAUCGUGGGCGUGUACAGCACCUGCAUGCUGGUGGUUCUACUGAGAGUCCAGCUGAACAUCAUAGGAGGAUACCUGUACCUUGACAACUCUGUGGGCAAGAACACAAUGACUCCUCUGGCUCCUCCAGAUGUUCAGCAGCAGUACCUGUCCAGUAUCCAACAUCUACUGGGAGAUGGUUUGACAGAGUUGAUGACACUAGUGAAGAAAGCAGUACAGAACUCCCUGGGAGGCAUGUCUCUGAAGCAGAGUCUGUCUCUGCUGGAGGUGGAGCAGCAGCUGAGCUGGAUCAGAGCAGAGGUGGAGGCCGGCUCUGAGCGGCCGCUGUCCUGGUACAUGCUGGCUGACAACGAGAACGCACUCGCUGAUCAGGCGUGUGGGCUGACAGAACAGGAUACUUUGACCAUCAGACUGUUGAACGAGACCAGAGACAUGUUGGACAGUCCAGACUUCACCACGGUCCUGAACGCCUGUUUGAACAGAGGUUUCUCUCGUCUCCUUGACAACCUGGCUGAGUUUUUCCGGCCGCCUCCCGGUGACGCCUCCCCGAGCUCUGCACCUGAUAGUCUGUCUGCAGUCAGCCUGCCGCUGGCCAAGAUCAUUCCAAUCGUCAACGGUCAGAUCAACACCAUCUGCAGUGAGACUCCGAGCCACUUUGUUCAGGACUUGCUGAUGAACGACCAGGUCAAAGAGUUUGCGGCCAACGUCUACGAGACCUUCAGCACGCCACAGGAGCUGCAGAAAUAACUGACACACGAGGAGAGAAGGAGCAUUCAGAGGAAGAAAAGACAGACGAAAACAGAAGUGAUACGAGCCCUGGACUGUUGAUCCCUCCUUCCUUUUCUCCUCCAAACCCUGCAGACAUUUCACUCUGUGACAGUGUUGAGUGACGGGAAAACAGUCCACGAUGAAGCAGCAGUGGGAGCGUCUGUGAACAGCGCCACUGUGGAUUACCAAACUGGUUGCUCUGGGGAUGUAGUCGCAUCAGAGCCUGUGAUCAACCCUGAGAGCAAUGCAUCUUGGGAACUGAGUCUUAUUUACCCUGAGGGAAGACGCACACUGAGUAAAAAGUGUGGUGAAGGAUCGGUCACAACUGUUCAGAGCUGAUUUCCACUUUUUCACACAGGAUGAGACUGACAAAGCACCAGUUUACGUUGAUAUACCAGAUUCUCCCCUUUUCCAUCGGCAGUGGUGAGUGUUAUAUGUCUUCUCAUGUUUCCAGCCCUCUGCUCUGCACCUUCACUCCGUCUGGAUAUCAGAAUGGUUUACAAAGUGUACGGUUCUCUUUUUUCCUUUCUUUAUUUUCACUACAUAAUCCAGGUUGUAGAGGGCAGUGUGCAGGGUCAGACAGAUGUGGGCUGAUGUGUCAAUAGAGACAAUAUUUUUUUGUGCUGAUAAAAUGUUUUUAAAUUGCAUCUUUUUUUUUGUCACGAGGGAAAAAAAAUCUUCAGCAUCGUUAUGGGUAAUUUGGAGGCUGGAAGGUUUCUUUUAUCCCAUAAUUACUUAAUUUGCCUGGAAAAUGUAUUGAAGCCUGACAUAUUUAUAUCGAUUCGAAUUGUAUAAAAGGUGGAGUAACCUAUGCAAUUCUAGGAGAAGGAUAGUUGGUCAUUGAGAGUCAUUCCCAGGUCAUCUAAUACCGAGGCUUUGAGUCGAUGAUGCACUGCAUCAGAACUUUUAACGCUCAGUAAAUACAAUUAUAAUUGAACGCAACUUUCCUCCAGCUGUCCAGGACCAGGGCUGCACAGUAUUUCAUCUCAGCAUCGACGUCGCAAUGUGCACACGUGCAGCAGUUAUGUCACAGGAAGUGCAAUGUUCAGUGAGGCAGUCUUGGUUAUUUUAGAAUAAGAAAUGGUGAAAAUCACAGAUUAACUCCAAAUUAGAGUGUAGUCAGAUCACUGAAUUAUAAUGUGGAUCACCUUAAAUGGUUUAAAUUGAACUAACUUUGAACUAAAAACACAUUAUUAACAAAGUCACACCAGUCCAGUAUUGGGCGUGCAGAAUUAAAGAUGUUCUGAAAAACGCUGAGUUGUUAAACGUUUUACUUCAGCGUCUAAGAACCGGCGCUGUAGGUGUUGUUUAAUUUCUGUCCAGUAGAUGUCACUCUUCUCCAUGGACUCUCCUGAACAUCCCGUGUCUCUAUUUGAAGGGCUUCAUUCCAAAGUUUUUCAAGCUAAUUUCAAGCUAAAUUACAUUGAAUACAUUUUCGAUCUACGGUUGAUGAAAAUAACAUUAGGUAACCUGACUUUUUGAUUACAUCCAAAGAGAUCAUUUUGUAGGAAUGAACAGCAUUGUUAUCACUUUUCUCACACAUGGCAGGUCAUAUUGUCUUGGAACGAUGAUGACGAUUGUGUUUCCCCUCAUCUCUUCAUGUUUUACACCUCUUUUUUCACUACAUUUGUAUGUAUGUGACUUCUGGAAAAGCGUCUGUGUGAAAAUUAAAAGACAGAUAUCCAAGAGGCCAAGACAUCUGAGAGAGCUCUGUCCCACCCUGUCUGAUUAGAUAUGUGAAUCAGGUGUGUGCAGCCAGAAGCGAUCUGGUAAACAGCUAAACCAGACCUAAAGAUGGUGAGUUUACUGUCAGAGAGCAGGAAAGAAACCUGAAAAUCUUCACAUUCACUGACCUGGAAUCAGAGAAUUUAGACUUUUUUCAUAGUUGGCUGACCAUUUAUCAGCUGACAACUAACUGAUUAUCGAUAUUAUACAUUUAUUGUUGCUGCCCAGAUUUUUGUAUUUGUCUACCUGACAUGAACUCAAGCAUAACAAAAUAGUAAACACCAUUAAUAAAAGGCAAAAGUCUUGUUAAUUAAACCCAAGAUGAUAAUUAUUUCACUGCUGACAAUGAAAAGCUUUAUAAACCAUUUAUUGAGCAAUUGUAAAGUUGCACCUGCUGACUUUAAUAUUUUGUAAAUGCUUAAAGGUGCAACCUGCUGCUAACUGUAGCUGCUGUUUGCUUGUUAGCUCAGUUUCAGUAAAAAUCUCUGCAACUCAAAACGGACCUCAUAAUGUCAAAGUUGAUAUGUCCUCACAUUCUGUUGAUGAGUUAAGUUUUGAAUGUUUACAAUUGAAAUUCUUACAUGCUGCACAUUUAAUGAAUCAUUUAUAAAGCAUGUCAUCAUUAGCACAAUUUAAUUAACUAUAAAUAUACCAUUUAUUAAUGAUUAUUACUAUAAAGUGUUGCCUAAUAUUAUUUCUUGAAGCUUUUUCUCAAUCCUGUUAUAGGUGAUGAGUUCAGUCCAGUUCUGCUGUAUAAAAGGAAAACACUCUCAGAUCCUAAAAUCAUCUGAUUGGCCAAACAAGCCCAGUGAUACAUUAGUAAAGUAAAGCGAAGCUGUGGAAGUCUUGAGACUUGAACUAGUUAAACAGAAACGCCUCUGAAGCUUUGGUGGCUGCUGGGAUUUACCCACAAGCAGCUUGUGGAGAGGAAACGCGAGUCUGUCUCCUCUAGUGUCAAAUUCAUUUUCCUCCUUAGGAGAUGAGUUAACAUCAAGUGACAGCUCAGAUAACUUCCUGAUUCUUGGAUCACAUUAACUGUCAGGUGAGAAUGUAAACCUGUGUAUGUAAUCGGCAAUGUUAUGCUUUUUGGAGCAGAACAUCCUGAGUGACAGCUGAAAAUGUAUGUUUGUAGAGAUUUAUCGAAGAGAUAAUAAACGUCAAAUGUGAUUUCAUA